AUAAACAUGAUGAGUACCUCUCCACUCAACUCCGUUCAUACAAUCACAGAUAACUUUGCUAAAAAUCAACAGCAGAAGAAAUACCAAGAAGAGGCCAUCCCAGCAUUAAGAGAUAUUCCUAUUAGUGAAGUUAACCAAAUGUUCUUCCUUGCGACCAAAGACCUUUAUGCCAAAAACUAAAUUGUGUAUAUAUUAACACCAAGCAUUUACUGCAAGUUUUUGAUGUAGUAAUUUUGACCAUAAUUAUAUUGACUCUGUCUCGUACCCAAUAUUGAAAUGUAAAAAAAAGUAAGUUGGUUCUCUUAGAUUAAGUUCUAUUAAUAAUAUAAAUGUUCUUGAGUAUUAGGUAUUAAUGAACAGAAUAAAUAAAAUAGUGCAUUACCAGAUAGCAGACUUGU